AUGAAGAGCCCUCUGAUGCAUCUGAUAGCCCUGUUAUCAUCAUCAAGCCUCAUUCUCCAAUCAGCAGCAUCCUCGCUCACAAUCCAGAUCCCCUCCAACAACGUCCUCCCGAACCCCCAUGUCCUCCCACCAAACACCCACGCAACGCUGACAACAUUACCUUCGUCGUUGUCUCACGAUCAGAAACAUGUCAUUUCAGCACCACUGACUCAUAACGCCGAAUUCCAAUUCACCGAUCUACCAUCUUCGUCAUCGGCCAGCGCGGAAUCAUAUCUCCUCGACAUCAGAUCGAAAGAAUACAUUUUCGCGCCGUACAGAGUCGACAUUGCCGCCGAUGGGACGGUGUUGGGGAUCUGGGAAACAUUUCGCGGUAAUCAAUGGGAUAAUCGAGGAUUGGAGCGAUAUACCAAGUUGAAGAGUCAGGAGGGACUACAGGAUAUCGAUGUGGUUGUGCAGGCGAAGGUUUUGGCGAGACGAGGUUUCUAUGAGGAACGGCCGAAGUUCUCCCCUCUUGAUCUACUCAAGAAUCCUAUGAUCUUGAUGUCUGUUUUCGCUCUCGUGGCCACAUUGGGUAUUCCAAAACUGCUUGAGAACAUGGACCCCGAAAUGCGUGAAGAAUUCGAAAAACAAUCCCGCUCGGGUCCUCUCUCAUCUGCUACUCGCGCUGCGACUGCCAGUGCCAAUCCCGGCGCUGGUGCCGGAGCACCUGGAUUCGAUAUCGCCGGCUGGAUGGCUGGUGCGACAUCUUCGCCGAUGAGUGGUGCUGGCGGUGCAGGUUCGGCUACAGGGCGGGAACAGGGUGCUGCGGCGCGGAGGAGAUAA